UUCGAGAUAAUUGCUGCUUCCACGCAGUCCCGCCCCGGCUCCCACGCUGGCCCCGCCUCCUGGCUGCCCGCGGGUAAAGAAAUAGCAAAGGAGGGGCCGCAGCCAGGCGAUGAGUUAAAGAUACAUAGUCUCGGGGAACAAAAAAAAAAGAUACGUAGUCAAAGAAAUCACUGGCGGCAAUAGAAAAGGGUAAGGGGGCCGUCGUUUGUCCUUCUGGAAGAUGGCGAUGGUGACAGGCCGGGUGCGAGAAAAUGGCCGCCGGGAUCACGUGUCUGUCUGGACGAGUAUUUCCCACCUGAAUUCUCAAAAUGUGGUACUUGGACUACCAGAGGACCUGACCAUUCUGGAAUUUGUUGGAAAUGCAAAUUCGUAAAUGGACAGGUGUAGAAAAGAUUGCAUUGCAUGAAAUGGACAGAUGCCCUGUUUUUCCUCUCAUCUGUGCUUCCUAGCUCGAAAGCCUCAGAUGUUUACAACAUGGAGUAAGCACAGAAACCAAGAAGAUGAAAGAUACCUGAGUGUAUUUAAAGUCGUUGAGAAGGAACAUGGGACAAAUCCAGAGGUUCAGCGGACUUGCCUAUAAUUGGCUCAAAAGGGGCUAAGUACUGGGGGACAAAUCAAGAUGUUGGGGAGACUAGACUUGAAAUGGCCACUGUUGGUGAGAGUUAACUAGGGAAUGGUGGGGAAAUUGGAAGAAAAAGUUGACUACUAAUGGAGCGACAGGUCAGUUCGGAGGGACUUGUAGAAGCUGGAAACUGAGGGUUUAUCCUGACACAAAUUAGAAAAUUGUAGUAUUAUCGAGUAGUGUUCAGCUGCCUGGGCACAAGUAUGGGGGGAGGGGGAAAGGCAAACAGUUGGACCGAUUCAGGAUUGGGUUGCUGCCAGUCGAAUAACGGACAAAACAAGGAACUAAGGCCAAAAGACUGGGAAAGUAAAGGACCUAGAGAUCUGGCCUGAGGAAAAGAAGAGUAGCGAAGGAUCACUAUGAGCCAAGCCUAGCUUAACUCUGAAAUACGUGGAAAGGCUUCUGGGAAAGAGAGUGAUGGGAGAGCGGAAGAAGACAUGAGAUGCGACGGAAGGGUAGAUUUUGGAAAUUGAGCCGGGAGAUUUGCCUCUGUGGGACCAGGGAAGGAUGGGAAAGAAAGCUGAAGGGAAGUUCAGGGCCAGCAGAAGGAGGGCCUUAAGCUCCUGCUAGAGGUGAAACUGGCCCUAGCGAGGGGGCGUGGCCAAGCUCAAAUCCCGACGAGGGGGCGGGACUCUAGUAACUGGGUCCCAGCGCCGCGGUGGCUGCGGCUGUCUCAGCAACGGCUCGCGCCUCCCCAUCCCCCCCGGUUCCCAGGGCUCUUCCCGCCUGCCGCGGUGGAGACCCAGGCCGAAGGCGGGGGAGCCCGGUCCGGCCCGUUCCUCUGCCCGCACUGCUGGAGCAUCGUUCUGGAGGACUGCCCGAAGGCAAGCCUCAUAGUCGGAGAGCGCGGCGCACACGCGCGCCUCCCGGCCACGGCCGUCCUCUCUUCCCUCCUUCCUCUCCUCUCUCCCCUCCCCUCUCCUCCGCCCCCAGCCUCCGCUGCGGCGGGAGGAAGAACCCUUCCCGACCAGCCCAGAGAACCCGGGUCGAUUCUCAUUCCGGGCGAAAGGAGAGACCCCCGCGCUGGGAUCCAGCUGGCCGCUCGCCCCCGGCCACGGAAGUGACUGGCGGUCCAUCAGCAGAGCCCGCGCCUAGCGCAGCCCCCGACCCUCGCCCAGCCGCAUAGACAGCGCUCCCCCGCGGGCCCCCGGCCCCGCCGAGCCCACUCCCCGCUUGGGGCCAGGGCCGGCGAUGCCUGGCGCGGCAACAGCAGUGGCCGCGGCUGCUGCUGCUGCCGCCACGGCUGCUGGCCGGAGCCCGGGUCGGGGGCUCCAGUCUCCGCAGUGGGGCUGAGCCCGCAGCCCCGCCCCCCGAGCCUGAGGCCGCUGCUCCGCCGGGCGCCGGGCCUUCUCCGCCCGCGCCUCCGCCCCAGGAACUGGAGCCAAGCGGGGAGCCCGGGCCCCGCGCCCAGGCCCGGACCAUGCAUGGCCACCGAGUCCCGGGGGGCCCUGGGCCUUCGGAUCCCGAACGCUUGGCGGCGGCGAAUACCCCUGGCGCCGCUCCACUGGCCUGUGCCGACUCGGACCCUGGAGCCUUGGAACCCGGACUGCCGGUGCGCAGGGGCUCUGGCUCGGCUCUUGGAGGCCCUUUGGAUCCGCAGUUUGUCGGACCCUCAGAUGCCAGCCUGGGAGCUCCCCCAAGCUCCCGGGUCUUGCCCUGCGGCCCUAGUCCACAGCACCAUCGGGCCCUGCGCUUCUCCUACCACCUGGAGGGCUCGCAGCCUCGGCCUGGACUGCACCAGGGAAACCGGAUCCUGGUUAAAAGUUUGUCCCUUGAUCCUGGCCAGAGUCUUGAGCCUCAUCCAGAAGGCCCCCAACGACUCCGUUCAGAUCCAGGCCCUCCCACUGAAACCCCCGGCCCGCGUCCUUCACCACUGAAGCGGGCACCAGGCCCAAAGCCACAGGUUCCCCCAAAGCCCAGCUACUUGCAGAUGUCCCGGAUGCUUCCUCCACCUGAGCCCAUUCCUCCGCCACCAUCGCGCCCUCUGCCUGCAGACCCUAGAGUGGCUAAGGGUCUUGCCCCCCGAGCUGAGGCCAGCACCAGUUCUGCAGCAGUGUCGUCAUUGAUUGAGAAGUUUGAAAGAGAGCCUGUGAUUGUCGCCUCGGAUAGGCCAGCCCCUGGCCCCUGCCCAGUUCCCCCAGAGCCAGCCAUGUUGCCACAGCCACCCCCGCAGCCAACAGUGUCCCAGCUCCCUGAGGGUGAGGCUUCUCGCUGCCUGUUCCUGCUGGCUCCUGGGCCCCGGGAUGGUGAGAAGGUACCUAACCGGGACAGCGGCAUUGACAGCAUCAGCUCGCCAUCCAACAGUGAAGAGACCUGCUUCGUCAGUGAUGACGGGCCCCCCAGCCACAGCCUCUGUCCUGGGCCUCCUGCCCUGGCUAGUAUGCCAGUUGCUUUGGCCGACCCCCACCGGCCUGGCUCCCAAGAGGUUGACAGUGACCUGGAAGAGGAAGACGAGGAGGAGGAAGAGGAGGAAGAGAAGGAAAGAGAAAUUCCAGUGCCCCCACUGGAGAGACAGGAGUCUGUGGAGCUGACUGUGCAACAGAAGGUAUUCCAUAUUGCCAACGAGCUCCUACAAACCGAGAAGGCCUAUGUUUCCAGGCUCCAUCUCCUGGAUCAGGUGUUCUGUGCCCGGCUGCUGGAAGAAGCUCGGAACCGCAGUUCCUUCCCUGCUGAUGUUGUCCAUGGCAUCUUCUCUAACAUCUGCUCCAUCUACUGCUUCCACCAGCAGUUCCUGCUGCCUGAGCUAGAGAAGCGCAUGGAGGAAUGGGACCGCUAUCCACGCAUUGGUGACAUCCUUCAGAAGUUGGCACCUUUUCUCAAGAUGUAUGGCGAGUACGUGAAAAACUUCGACCGGGCUGUAGAGCUGGUCAACACGUGGACAGAGCGCUCUACCCAGUUUAAAGUCAUAAUCCAUGAAGUGCAGAAGGAGGAAGCCUGUGGCAACCUGACCUUGCAGCACCACAUGCUGGAGCCUGUGCAGCGGAUCCCCCGCUAUGAGCUUCUUCUCAAGGACUAUCUGUUAAAGCUGCCUCAUGGCUCCCCGGACAGCAAGGAUGCCCAGAAGUCUUUGGAGCUGAUAGCCACAGCAGCAGAACACUCUAAUGCUGCCAUCCGAAAAAUGGAACGAAUGCACAAGCUGCUGAAGGUCUAUGAGCUGCUAGGGGGUGAGGAGGACAUUGUCAGCCCCACCAAAGAGCUCAUAAAAGAAGGCCACAUCCUCAAGCUGUCAGCAAAGAACGGGAGCACUCAAGAUCGAUACCUCAUAUUAUUCAACGACCGCCUCCUCUACUGCGUGCCCAGGCUGCGGCUCCUUGGCCAGAAGUUUAGCGUGCGGGCACGCAUUGAUGUAGAUGGCAUGGAGCUAAAGGAAAGCUCCAACCUCAACAUGCCUCGGACCUUCCUGGUGUCAGGAAAGCAGCGUUCUCUGGAACUCCAGGCCAGGACUGAGGAGGAGAAGAAAGACUGGGUCCAGGCCAUCAACUCCACCCUCCUGAAGCAUGAACAGACCCUGGAGACUUUCAAACUGUUGAAUUCUACAAACAGGGAUGAUGAGGAUACUCCCCCUAACUCUCCAAACGUGGACCUUGGGAAGAGGGCACCUACGCCUAUCCGGGAAAAGGAAGUCACCAUGUGCAUGCGCUGCCAGGAGCCCUUCAAUUCCAUCACCAAGCGCAGGCAUCACUGCAAGGCCUGUGGGCAUGUGGUUUGUGGAAAAUGCUCUGAGUUCCGGGCCCGCCUCAUCUAUGAUAACAACCGUUCCAACCGUGUGUGCACUGAUUGCUAUGUGGCCUUGCAUGGAGCACCUGGGAGCAGUCCAGCCUGUAGCCAGCAUACACCCCAGCGCAGGAGGUCCAUCCUAGAGAAACAGGCCUCGGUGGCUGCUGAGAACAGCGUCAUCUGCAGCUUCCUGCACUACAUGGAGAAGGGUGGGAAAGGAUGGCACAAGGCAUGGUUUGUGGUUCCUGAGAAUGAACCCUUGGUGCUGUACAUCUAUGGAGCCCCUCAGGAUGUGAAAGCCCAGCGCAGCCUGCCCCUCAUUGGCUUUGAGGUGGGGCCUCCAGAGGCAGGGGAGCGGCCUGACAGGAGGCACGUCUUCAAGAUCACACAGAGCCACCUAAGCUGGUACUUCAGCCCAGAGACGGAAGAACUCCAGCGGCGCUGGAUGGCUGUGCUCGGCAGGGCGGGCCGUGGGGACACAUUCUGCCCAGGGCCCACACUGUCUGAGGACAGGGAGAUGGAGGAGACACCAGUGGCAGCCACAGGAGCCACUGCUGAACCUCAUGAAGCCUCCCAGACCCGAGACAAGUCCUAGAGGGUUUGGGGGGAACUAGAAACUCCUGCCCCACACUCCAGCUGCCCAUGUUCAAUUGGGGGCUCCAGCCCACUCCCAAUGCAGUCAAUACUUGAAUUCCCAUCACGGGCACUUUCAAUCCCGAAUGCUGGGUCUUGGGUUUUUUAAUUCAUCUUUUCACAAAAUGUGGGCUUUUUAAAAACUAUUCCUACAUUGAUGUUAAUUUUUUAAAUCCCUGUCCCCAGGGAGGGCAGGAGCUAAUUGCUAGACUCACUUGAAUUAGGCUGUUUCCUCCCAUUACCCCACAGAUCCUACUUCCACCCAGUUCCCCACAAAAGCACCAGAGGCAGGAGACCUGGAUUCAAGUGCCAGCUCUGUUACUGACCCUGGAACCCCACCCACCCUUGCCUCCUCAGCCAGUGUCUUCACAUGUAUGACUUUACAUGGGGCGGUGACUAGACCCUUCUUGCCUUUCCCAUGGCUUAUAGCUUCUACCUAGCCCCAAAGCAAUCCAGGAUUUUAUCGUCCAGACCCAUGGCAGGGCCACUGGGCAGGACGGGAAUGGGGGGUGGGGGUGGGGAAGGACAAUGGAUACUGUUUUUUAAAGAAAAAUACAGUUUAUUUCAGGCUUACAGUAACUUUCAGAA